AUGUCCCAACCACAAGCUUCUUCUUCAUCUGGUCUGAAUUCAUCCUCCUCCUCUUCGAAUGGAGUGGUUAUUAAAACGGUCGACAUGACCGAAGAAAUGAAAGAAAUGGCAAUCAGUGUCACACAACAAGCCAUGGAAAAGUACACGAUCGAAAAAGACAUUGCAUCAUUUAUUAAAAAACAAUUCGAUGAAGUUUAUGGAAAAUAUUGGCAUUGCAUUGUCGGAAAGAGUUUCGGAAGUAUGGUCACGUACGAAUCAAAGUGUUUUAUUUACUUUAUUUUCUCUGGUUUAACAAUUUUAUUGUUCAAAUCAGGAUGA